ACUCUGUUGAACUCUUCCCCGCCAGCAUGACUUCAUCAGAAGAUUACCUUCGACAGGACUGGAGGAUAGUCCAUGACAUUCCAAUGGUCUGUGCAUUUUCAUACCACUGGGAAAGGAUUGAGAACUUCCAGAGCAGGCCAGAUGACCUCGUGAUAGCCACGUACCCCAAAUCUGGCACUACGUGGAUAAGUGAAAUUGUGGACAUGAUUCUGAAUGACGGAGAUCCUGACAAAUGCAAGCGGGAUGCAAUUUUCAACAAAGUGCCCAUGUUGGAAUUAGCCGUCCCUGGAAAGAUGCCACCAGGUACAGAGAAACUGGCCAAGAUGUCAUCUCCUCGUUUAGUGCAAACCCACCUCCCAGUCCAGCUCCUUCCAAUGUCCUUCUGGGAAAAUGGCUGCAAGAUGAUCUAUGUUGCCCGAAAUGCCAAAGAUGUAGCUGUCUCCUUCUACCAUUUUGACCUGAUGAACCAGCUGUAUCCAGAGCCCGGCACGUGGGAACAGUACGUUGAGAAAUACAUGGCAGGCCGAGUUGCGUAUGGUUCCUGGUAUGACCAUGUGAAAGGCUGGUGGGAGAAGAGAAAGGACCAUCCCAUUUUAUACCUGCUCUAUGAGGACAUGAAAGAGGAUCCAAAGCGUGAAAUUCGCAAGGUGAUGCAUUUCCUGGGGAAGGAUCUGAAGGAAGAGGUUCUGGACAGGAUUGUCUAUCACACUUCAUUCGAAAUGAUGAAAGAGAAUCUCACCGCAAAUUAUAAGAUGGUCCCAAAUGAUGUUAUGGAUCAAAGCAUCUCCCCUUUCAUGCGUAAAGGGAUUGCUGGGGACUGGAAGAAUCACUUCACUGUGGCCCAGAAUGAGACAUUCAAUGAAGAUUAUGAGAGGAAAAUGGCUGGGACCACACUGCAGUUCCGAACAGAGAUCUGAAGGAGCCUGGCAUCUUAGUGCUGUAGUUCUAAUACACGGGUGACGGGUCUCUGUUUCUGUUGAGAAUAGCUUUUCUCCCCCCCCACACACACCCUCCUUUCUUCAACUAGAAGUAGUACGCUGAGAAGUGUCUCUGCCCCAGUGAUGGUCAGACACUUGAACCUGGAGUCUUGGGCCGUGUAGACCAUGGUGCAGGGUCACACACUCCAGAGCAGAGGGAUUGUUCCAAGAGUCUGGGAUUCCAUAUAGGGUCUGAGUAGUAGGGAAGGCUCCUUGCUCUAUGGUUACACACACCUUUUAUGUUAGACUUUGAGUACUGGCCAG